UCUACAUCCACAUCUACAUCUACAUCUCCAACCACUACUUCAUCAACAGCAUCUACUACACCAAUUACUUCUACCACAUCAACUCCAACCACCACCUCAUCCAUAUCCACAAGUAAUCUUACAUCUACAUCUUUAACCACAACCACCUCAACAACAUCCACAAGUACCUCUACUUCUACCUCUCCAACCACAAGCACUUCCACAACCACGCCGUCUUCCACCUCAUCUACAUCUAUAACCAGCUCUUCGACCUCAACCUCUACAGCAACAACCGUAGGUCUAGUAGGUGCAGAUGAAGCUGGACCGUUAAAUGGCACAUCUGCAAAUACAAUAAAUUUAUUGGCAACAACAACGUCGGAAGCAACGCCUCUUCCUACAUGCACUGUAUUUGAUUACAAUGGAUACAAUUAUGUUGAUUCACCCAAUUAUCCUGCGAGUUAUCCAGAUGGUGUACAAUGUGAGCAAGGAAGCUUUUCGAGCUCCCUUUCUGACACGAUGGUCACCGUCAUCUCGUUCGAUGUGGCGGCAGGGGACGGACUCGUGAUAGAGAGCGCCUUUUCGGCUCCAAUGACGUUGUCAGGAUACAUCUCCCCAGGAACGCAGUUCAGGAUCCCGGGUUCCACCAUCAAGACCGCAUUCCUCACCGACAACUCUGUUGCCAGAGCCGACAGGUCUGCUACGAAAAAGGGAUUUAGACUGCGCUUUGGAAAAACCAGUAGCGGCUGUUCUAAAUUCGUGUACAUAACUUCAAAGGUGAAAAUUAAGGGUCCUCGGUUUUCCAAACGACAUGCCGCAAACCAGUACUGCGAAUACAGACUCAAGGCACCAGCUGGAAAGCGAAUCCACAUCCACUUCCGGACCUUGAAAGCUCCAUGCUCCUCGAAUUACAUCGCUUUCAAUUUAGAUCCCUACGGUUCAACUCGACUUUAUAGAGAAGGCACAAGCAAAAUCUACUGUGGUUGGGGUUACCGGCCACCUGUGUUCUCAUCCCUUUCCAACAGAAUGAAUGUCUACUUUCAGGGCAAAAUCCCUCGUAAAGGCUUCAAGUUCAUUGCCGUUGUAGGGGCAUAAAGGUCCCGUUUCUUGUGAGGAGGUUUUCUCUAGGCAUCAAAAAAUGUAUUAAACAUUCUCAUGGUGAGAUGAGAAACUCAUUGACGUAAAUAUCAAGUGGCACAACAGCGGAAUGAAUCGAUAAUGCAUAAUUUUUCUUUAAAUUUUUUAACCAAUACAGUGGACCCCCCGUAUUCGCGUUCUCCAGAUUCGCGGACUCACACAUUCGCGGAUUUCUCUCGGGAACGUUUCCCUGCAUUAUUCGCGGAAAAUUCACGCAUUCGCGGUAUUUUUCUAUGGUAAAUAUCCACAAAUUCCUGGUUUUUUUGAUGAAUUUCAUCAUAAAAUGCACUUUUUGUGAUAAAACUAUUAAAAAAACCAUGUAUGAAAAUUUUUAGUGGGUUUUUCUUGAGUUUUAACUAACAAAAUAGGCUGUUUUUAGCAUUUUUAUAGGGGUUCCAAACAUUCGCGGGUUCUAACUAUUCACGGGGGGGUCUGGUACGCAUCCCCCGCGAAUACGGGGGGACCACUGUAAAACCAUAAUAUGCGGGAUACAUAAAAAAAAUAACCAUAUGUGUUAUGCUCUUCAACUUCCCCAAAACUAGUGCAUGAAAAGAAUAACAAGUCUACCAAAGUACUUUUUCAUAAAAUUGAAAAAACUUAAUUUUCAAGAGAUGGCUCGCACUGGUAUAGAGGCGUUUUUUUUUUUUAUCUCUAAGCUACAUCAAUAUAUAUUUGAGUGAAACAAAAUAAAAGUCACUUUGAGCAGUUUAGUUAAUAGAUGGAGGCUUUGUUUUUUCAACUGCAACUCCUUCACAAAAAAUAUUAAAUAUAAUUACUACAGGUGCACUUAGCAGCUUGGGACUGCUGCCCUGCAUUAACACCGUGGGUAUCAUCAGUACACACAAUGCUAGAUGGGGCAAGAAUUUUGUAUAUGUAUACAAGUAUAUCCUGUAUGAUUUUAUUGUCUUGUACAUUUAUUCAUUCCAAACAUACUAUAAUUUCAAGUAAGAAACUCAAGCUGCAUGUGCUUGAGCAAUGAUUUUGCUAGUAAAAAUAUAUUUUAAACUGACAGUCUGGUUCAUAUUCAUCUCACUCAGAAUAUUUUCAAAAUGCUUCAAAUAUCUCAUUGUAAAUUUCAUGUUUCCUCCAUCU